GAAGAAGCAACAUGAGAGGACUUGUGGUCUUCGCAGCCCUGCUUGUAGCUGUUUUCUGCAAGGAGACAUUCGAGGGACACCAGGUUCUUCGGAUCACUACAAAGGAUGAAGUGGAGAUCAAUCUCUUAAAGGAACUGUCUGGGCAGGAAGAUCUUCAGCUGGAUUUCUGGAUGGAUCCCGUUGACGUGUCGCUGCCUGUCGAUGUCCGAGUUCCCUUCCACAGCCUGCAGGCCGUCAGGGCGUUCCUGGGGUACCAUGAGAUCCACUAUGAAAUCAUGAUCCAGGAUCUUCAGGACCUUCUGGAUAAGGAGCAGCGUGAGAUGAUGAGAUCUCGUGUUUUUCAGCCCAGAACCACUGAUGACUAUGACUAUGCUAACUAUCACACACUGAGCGAGAUCAACAGCUUCAUGGACAUGUUGGUGCAGGAGAACCCUAAACUGGUUAGCAAGAUCGUGAUCGGAAAGAGUUACGAGGGCCGUGAAUUAAAUGUUCUGAAGUUUAGCACCGGUGCUACAAAACGCCCAGGGAUCUGGAUCGACACUGGAAUCCAUGCCAGAGAGUGGAUCACACCGGCAAGCGGAACCUGGUUCGCCAAGAAGAUUGCAACAGAUUAUGGACGUGACCCCGCUCUUACCGCCAUCCUUGACAAGCUUGACAUUUUCCUGGAGCUUGUCACCAACCCUGACGGAUAUGAAUAUACCCACACCACUAACCGCAUGUGGCGCAAGACUAGGAGGAUAAACACUGGUUCUUCGUGUGUCGGUGUCGACCCUAAUAGGAACUGGGGGACAGGAUUUGGAGGUGCUGGUUCCAGUAGUAACCCUUGCUCUGAGACGUACCGUGGACCGGGUGCUUACUCUGAGCCUGAGGUCAGGUCCAUUGUGGAUUUCACUAAGUCUCACGGCAAUCUCAAGGCCUUCUUGACCAUCCAUAGCUACUCUCAGAUGAUGCUCUACCCCUACGGUGACACCAGCAUUCCUUGUGUGGACGAAGUAGAGCUGGAUGAACUUGCAUUGAAAGCCGCAACUGACUUGGAGAGUCUGUAUGGCACUAAAUACACAUUCGGGAGCACCUUUAACACCAUCUAUCAGGCAAGUGGAGUCACCACAGACUGGGCCUACGAUCAGGGAAUCAAGUACUCCUACACCUUUGAGCUGAGAGACAACGGGUAUUAUGGAUUCAUCCUUCCUGCAAAUCAGAUCAUCCCGACUGCUGAGGAGACGUGGCUGGCUCUCAUGGUUAUCAUGGAGCACACCAAGAACAACCCGUACUAAACAAGCAGCUCAUCUCAGAUACUCUGACACAGGUUGUAAUGUGUGACCACCUGCACAUGCAAUAUGGAAACUAAUAAAUAAUUUACAAUG